GUUACCGGUUGACGAAUAGUAUUUUGAAUCGGCAAUUCACUGAGGGUUGACGAUGAACCAAAUUGAGGGGAGGAGCGAGAGCUUGAAGGACGCAGAAAUGGCGAAUCGCUCCAUCAGCUGCAAGACAGAAGUAGGCAAACCCCUUGUAGCUCUGAUUUGCGGUUCAUUGGUUUAUUACCAUUGCGCUUAUCGAAAUUCCAGUCUCCUCUCCCUCGUCGCGGAUGUUUUCAUCGUUCUCCUUUGCUCUCUCGCCAUUCUCGGCCUUCUCUUCCGCCAUAUGAAUGUCUCUGUACCUGUGGAUCCACUUGAGUGGCAAAUUUCGCAGGAUACUGCUAAUAGUAUGAUAGCUUGGUUAGCCAAUACCAUAGGUGCGGCUGAGUCUGUACUGAGAGUCGCAGCAACAGGGCAUGACAAGAGGCUUUUUGUGAAGGUCAUUGUCAGUCUUUACGCUCUCUCAGUCCUUGGAAGACUGGUUUCAGGUGUUACGGUUGCCUACACUGGUUUAUGCAUGUUGUGUAUAUACAUGGUGUUGGAGAAUUCUGAAUCGAUCAGUGCUUUUAUUUCUCCUUUUCUUAGGAGAGGAAACGACCCUAUUUCACACCAAGAUUCCAUCUAAUCUUCACUGGCUGUAACCCCGUUCUGUCACUGUAGAUAGAUACAUCUUGUGAAUAUUACCGUUAACAGAAUCAGACAGUCAUUAUAUGAUGGUUGUUUAGGUGGAGUAAUAAAUUUAUUUGAUGGGGGAAAAAAAAAAAAAAUUCCUGAGUUCAUUAUUGAUAUUGAUUACUGUUCAUCAUUAUGAGUAUCGGUUGUUUUCUGUGAAGUUGAGUGGUGUGAAAAAGAAAAUAUUUGGCAGGAUUGUCAUUUGGG